AUGGCGCCACCGGCGCAGCAGCCGCAGCAAGUGGUCAAGGUGCCCGCACCGUCAGCAUCACCGCUGUACAACAACCUGUGUGCCCUCGGAGGCGGCGCCGCGUUUGUGCACAAGUGCCAGGUUGUCAUCCUGCCCAGUCUAGCCGCCAGCGCGGAGGCCGCCCCACAGGCCCGCAGGGUCGACGUGCCCAACGCGGCCUCGAUCCAGUCUGUGUGCGCCUGCCGCGUCGGCGCCGCGGCGCUGGUCGCGCUCGGAGGCGACGCAGGCGUGCAGCGCGACGGCGCGCCGCUGUGGGAAAUUCAGGCCCACUCUCGCUGGCUGGCCGCGCUCGACAUGCACCCCACCCGUGACGUCAUCGCUUCCGUCUCAGAGGACUCCACGAUCGGCGUCUGGCGCCUCCCCAGCUGCCAGCUCUCGCGCUCGAACAGCGGCGCCGGCGCCGCGGCGGCCGCUUCCGCAGCACAGGCCCCCGCGCCGCUGCUGUCGGCUGCAGCGCUGGGCUGCUGCCUGACGGGCGUCGCGUUCUGCGGGGAGCGGGACGACGACGUGGCGGCGGUUGCGGUGGACGGGGAGGAGCUGCUGAUCUGGCGGGGAGGAGCGGCCACCUGCGCCGCGGCGGCGGGCCGUUGA